UCCAGGAGCCGCUGUAGAGCCUCCAGCUGGUCAUAUGACAGGCAGCCACAGACCGGAGACAGCAGUCAGAGUGAGAAGAGCUCUGCUGGAGGACAGUCCGUGUCUCUCUCUGUCUCUCUCUGUCUCUACAUGCAGACGUCUGUUCUCGGACACGAAGGAACUAUGUCUGUGGUGAAGCUGGAAGAGUGGCGAGAGCGGAUUCGUAAAGAACUGGACAACGUAGUGGACUUCUGGCUCAAAUACUCACAUGACACAACGCAUGGAGGCUUCUUCACUUGUAUCGGGAAGGAUGGGAAGGUUUAUGAUGAGCUGAAGUACGUCUGGUUGCAGGGUCGACAGGUGUGGAUGUAUUGUCGCCUGUACCGAACCAUGGAUCGCUUCCACAAGCCUGAAAUCCUCGAAGCCGCAAAAGCCGGAGGAGCAUUCCUGAGAAAGUUUGCUCGUGUCUCCAGCGGCAGCAGUGGCCAGUGGAAGUGUGCCUUCUGCUUAACGAGGGAUGGUAAAGCAGUCAAAAUUCAGAGGACUAUAUUCAGUGAGUGUUUCUACAUCAUGGCCAUGGAUGAACUGAGCAGGGUCAUUGGUGACAAGGACAUGCAGCUGGAGGCUGAACAGAUGAUGGAGCAGCUGAUCUACUGGGUUAAGGUGGACUCGUCAGGCCUGGGCCGGCCCCAGCUUCCUGGAGACGUUCCCACCAACAGCAUGGCAGUUCCCAUGAUGCUCUUGUGUCUGGUGCAACAGCUAACUGAAGGCCGGGGUCAGGAGGUCGUUCAGAAGUACAGUGAGCUGGCCAGCUGGUGUGUACAGCAGAUUCUACAACACAUCCAGAGAGACGGCACAGCUAUUUUAGAGAAUGUGUCACUGGAGGGAGCAGAGCUACCGGGUUGCUCGGGCCGACUGCAGAACCCAGGCCAUGCCCUGGAAGCAGGCUGGUUCCUGCUUCAGCUCAGUAGAGAGCAGGAGGACGAGGAGCUCCAGAGGACCGCCAUUAACAAGUUCGUGGAGCUCCCUUAUCAGUGCGGCUGGGAUAAAGAGCAUGGCGGCCUCUUCUACUUCCUGGAUGUGGAUGGUCACUGCCCCACACAGUUGGAGUGGAACAUGAAGCUGUGGUGGCCCCACUGUGAGGCUCUCAUCGCCUUCCUGAUGGCCUACAAUCAAACCAAGAAGCCAGAGCUGCUGGAGAGAUUCUCUGAAGUUUAUCAAUACACCUUUAACCAUUUUCCUGAUGCUAAGAGCGGCGAGUGGUUUGGCUAUUUGACACAAGAAGGGAAAGUGGCACUGGAUUUGAAAGGAGGCCCUUUUAAAGGGUUCUUCCAUGUGCCUCGCUGCCUGUACAUGUGCGAGCGUAUUCUGGACGAUCUGCUGGUUAACAAGGACUGAGCAUUCCGACAUGGGAGGUUGUAAUAACAGGAUUGAGUCUGAUUUGUCUGUUCACUAAAUCCUACUCCAAUAAUCAGGUUAUAAAGCAAAUUGCACUAAAUUUCAAAUAUGCUUUGCUGUAAAGUUAGUUUUGUCAUCUCAUCACAAACAUCCAGUCACUGAGUGGCAGCUCAUACCAUUUUUUGUGAAGCUAAAUUACAGCAAUAUUACUACAUUAAAAAACAUAUUCUUUAUAUAUCUUUUGGCCACCAGUGGCAGAUUGUAUUGAUUAAUUAACUCAAUCAUGUUUUUUCUUACUUUGCACCCUUCUGACAUCGUGUUUUUAAGUGGCUGAGAAGAUAUCCUACCAUUGAUUUUGUACUGUUAAAAUUCUUCCCGUAAUUAAUUUUAUGAGCUGCUCAGUUACUGAAAUUACAAAUUACAAGAAACAAAGAUCCAGGUAGAAUACCUAAUAUGACAGUCAAGGCUCAUACUACAUCGCACUGACAUCUAUAGGCAAUUUAGACUUCACCUGGCUUUAUGUCUGCGGAUGGUGAAAGGAAACCACGCAGACACAGGGAGAACCUAAAGAGAUAACUCAGCAUGCUGGAUUGAGUUCCAACCCAGGACGUUUCUUGCUUUUAGGCAACAUUAUUAACCACUGAGCCGCUGUUCCUCCUUCAUCAUCAAAACAUUAACACCAAAAAAAA